CCAGCCGGACAGCUGGCGAGGGGCUCGGAGGCUGCAGCAGCGCGGCCCGGGGGGCGGGGGUCGCCGCUGGUUUCCGCUCUAUGAGCCCGGCCGGGCCUGGGGAACCGAGGGGCCGGUUGCCCGUCGCCCAGGGACCGCUGUGACCGCUGCGGGGGCUGCGGCACCGCCAGCCCAGCCCAGCCGGGGCCGAGGAGAGACGGAGGCAGCCCGGAUAGAAAAAUGUCCACUUCCCUUACGGUUGGCCUUCUCCUGCUCUUUGUGGUUGACUAUGGCUCCUCUGAAAACUCCAGUACUCCACGAGGAUGUGGACUGGACCUUCUUCCUCAACAUGUUGCCCUGUGUGAUCUGGAUGCUAUCUGGGGAAUCGUGAUUGAGGCUGUGGCAGGGGCAGGGGUCUUGACCACGCUGCUCCUCAAGUUGAUCUUGCUGGUGAGGCUGCCCUUCAUCAAAGGCAAGGAGAAGAGGAGCCCGCUGGGCCUCCAUUUCCUCUUCUUUUUAGGGACCUUGGCUCUCUUUGGCUUGGCCUUUGCGUACAUCAUCGAAGAGGACGAGACCGUCUGCUGCGUCCGCAGGUUCUCCUGGGGAGUCCUCUUCGCCGUCUGCUUCUCCUGCUUGCUCGCUCAAGCCUGGCGGCUCCGGAGGCUGGUCCGCCAUGGCAAAAGCCCAUCGGGAUGGCAGCUGGCCGGAAUCGCCAUCUGCAUCGCCUUGGUCCAGGUCAUCAUUGCCACAGAGUGGCUGAUACUGACGAUUGUGAGGGAAGGAAAGCUGGCCUGCCACUACGAGCCCACGGAUUUUGCCAUGGCCUCCAUCUACGUGAUGUUCUUGAUGGUGGUCACCCUGUGCUUCUCCUUCUUCACCUUGUGUGGGAAAUUUAAGAAGUGGAAGAAGAACGGGGUGUGCCUCAUCAUCACCAGUUUCUUCUCAAUCCUCAUUUGGGUGGCUUGGCUGACUAUGUACCUGUACGGUAACAAGGAACUGGGGAGGAGAGAUCAGUGGCAGGAUCCCACCCUAGCAGUGGCUCUGGUAGCCAACGGCUGGGUCUUCCUAAUCUUCUAUGCCAUCCCAGAGGUUCACUGUGCCAUCCUUCCAUCUGAGCAAGAGAACACGCCCAACUACUUCGACACCUCGCAACCGCGGAUGCGUGAGACUGCUUUCGAGGAUGAGCUCCAGCUUCCUCGGAGUUACAUGGAGAAUAAAGCUUUUUCAAUGGAUGAACAUAAUGCAGCGUUACGGACGGCAGGAUUUCGCAACGGCAGCUUGGGAAGCCGUGCAAGCGCUCCCUUCCGAAGCAACGUCUACCAACCCACCGAGAUGGCGGUUGUCUUGAACGGUGGGACUAUUCCAACUGCGCCACCAAGUUACACUGGAAGACACCUAUGGUGAAAAGCUUAGAGGUCAUAGAGGAAGAGAGAGAGAGAGAGACAGAAUCCAUUAACAAAAAUUGAUUUCCCCCCCAAUCCCACCCCCCAAAGUGUGUGUUUUUCAGAGGGAGGAAAUCCAUCGGGGGUGUGUGUGUGUGUGUGUGGAAGGUCCUAGAAACCGAUAGCUCUGAGUUCUUUUCUCCCUUUUUUUUUGUAAUAAAAUGAAUAAACGAAACAAAAAAUAAAUAUGAGCACUGUCAAAUCGAUAAGCUAACUAUCAGGGACCUCCGCAAGGCGAUAGAAGCUGACUGAACUUUACAAAGUAGACCUAAGCAA